AUGCCUCCAGCAUCCACUCUAGAGCACGACUCGCCUUUGUCAGCGCUCCAGCGCGAAGCCGAAAUGGACCUGGACAGUGAGGUCGAAGACCUUCUCGACGCAGGAACUCGCACAGAUUCCGGGACGAAGAUGCGUGCAUGGCGGCGGAACGUCGAUCAGCGGGCGAUCGAAUCAAGCGAAGAAGCAGAGGAUGGCAAUGAUGAUGAUGAUGAUGAUGAUGAUAAUGAGAGUGAUGUCGCCGGGCCUGGCGGAGAUGAUGAUCCAGCGACACCACGCAGUGCAGGACCGACGCACGAGCAGAUGAUGCAGAUUUUCCCUUCCAUUAAGCAGGCAGCCAGCACCACCUACGGAAUGCAAGACCUGGAGCCUGAGAUUGCCCGCCGACCGAGUAAGCUCAAGCAUAACCGCUACCAAACCCACCAACUCCGCCACCUCAGUUCCACCAAAAGCCAAAGCACCACCCUCCUCUCCUUGUCAACAAUGAUGGGCCUCUUCGCACUCCUCCCGGGUGAAUUAAGGAAUACCAUCUACCGCCUCGCCUUCGUCCCGCCACCCUCCCACCAACCCGUCCAAAUCACCGGCUCAGACCUCAUCUGCGGUCUAGGCGCUUGCGUUCAUAGCAAAGCUUCCGUGGCGGCGCCGGGUAUGGCGUCGACGUGUAAGAAGGUUAGGGAGGAAUUGAUGCCGAUUUAUUGCGCGGAGAAUGAGUUUGGGUUUGAUGCGGUGAUGGUUAGGAAUCGGUGUGUUGGGGCUUGGUUAAAGGGGUUGGGGGGUUAUGCUGGAUUGGUUAGGCGGGUGGGGGUUGAUGUUUUGGUUUUGGAGCGGAGGGGUGGUGUUGGUGGUGGUGGUGGGGGGAUGGUGGGGAGGAUGGGGAGGAUUCGGGUGGAGUGUCCGAUUGCGAGGGGGGAUGGGAGGUUUGAGGUGGGGUUUAGUGAGAUUAUUCCGAGGGAGAAACUUGAGGCUAGUGAGUUGGAGGGGUAUGUUGGUAAGAUGAAUGAUGAGGUUUAUGUUGAUGGGCGGGGGGGGUCAGGUCGGGAAGCUGUGUUGGUUUUUGGACAGCGAUGA